AUGUUCUUUGUUGCCGCUGACGCCGACCUUUGGGUUUUGGCUGGUUUCCACAUCAGUUCUUCCUUAAUUUGUGCUCAACCAGGGCUCUCACUAGCGAGGACUAAAAGAAAUCCAACUGAACCCAUGAAGAGAACUGAUCAAUGGAAAGAUACAGAAGUGAAAUCUGAAUCGCGUUAUCAAAGUGUUACCGACGGCAGUAAACAGACAGUGGUCAAUGCUCAGGGAUCCUUAAGGUUGGAAGUACACAUUCCCACCUCCACUGAUGUCAUUGUUGAUAAAUCAUGA